AUGGCUAGUCUCGGUAACCGCGAGUACAGAGUGAUUUUCUAUUAUAAUUUCAAAUGUGGAUUAUCUUACCAAGAGUGCCACGAGGAAAUGUUCGGUGCCUUUGUUGUUGCGGACCCGGACACUUCCGAAGUCACGUUGAGGAACUCGAUGGAGAAAGGCUACGUGACUCAAUUCAUUCGCACGGUAAUCGGGAACGGCAGUAUAUUUGCUCCAGUGGACAUAUGGCGACCGCGACGAAAAAUUUUAGCUCCUGUCUUUAGUAUGAAGAAUCUAAACCAGUUUGUAAAGGUGUUCAAUAGACAAAGCAUGAUCAUGGCCGACAUGCUGGAGCCGAUGUCUGGAGGCGCAGACUUCUCCGUUUGGUCAUAUUUUAACACUUACACGUUCGAUUCAGUUUGCGAUACCACCUUAGGCAUUGAUUUAAACAGCCAAAAGAACCCAGAGCACAGUUUUCUCGUGGCCUUCGACUGGGUGUCGCGAGAUUUGGCAAAACGAAUGACGUCCCCGUGGCUGUACCCGGACUUCGUCUUUCAGCGGCUGCCGACGUACGAGAAGCAUAGGCAUAACGCGGGGCCUGACUACCGCGUAGGAAGUCAGGCCCCGUGGCCUGACUACCUACGCGGAUCAAUCAGCACAAGAACUUUCUUAGACAUGAUGAUAGAGUCAUCUGGUUGCCUCAAGCAGAAGUACUCCGACCUGGAGCUGCGCGAGGAGCUGAUGGUGAUCCUCUUGGCCGGCACCGACACCUCCGCCGUGGGCGCCUCCUUCGCCGCCGCCAUGCUGGCUCGCCAUCCCCACGUCCAGGAGAAACUACACCACGAGUUAGAUAUGAUAUUCGGUGACUCGAACCGUGAUUUGACCGAGGAAGAUUUGCCGAAGCUCAAAUACAUGGAGGCGGUCGUCAAAGAGACUUUACGGUUGUAUCCUCCAGUGCCCAUCACGGCGAGAGAAGUCACCGAUGAUGUGACAUUACAUUCUGGCACAACCUUGGUGAACGGGGUGACUGUGAUACUGAACAUCUGGGCGACGCACCGCAACCCCACCUUCUGGGGGGCUGACGCGGAGCAGUUCCGCCCGGAGCGCUUCCUGGAGGGGCCGCUCAAGCACCCGUCGCAGUUCCAGCCCUUCUCGCUGCCCAUGAGGAACUGCCUUGGAUACAACUACGCUAUGAUGUCGAUGAAGACUAUGUUGGCCAACAUGCUGCGCCGCUACAGGAUAUUGCCGCCUUCCCACAUGGACGAACACGAGCUCCAGGAACCCUUGAAAGUCUCAUUCGACAUCAUGAUGAGGGACAUAGAUAACUAUGAAAUAAGGCUGGAGGAUAGAACAAAAUACUAGGUCAGCAAGGGAAGUCCAAAUUU